AUGUUGUUGGAGGUGUGCGUCGAUAGUUACGAGUCGGCAGUGGCCGCUAUUGCCGGCGGAGCGUCGCGACUCGAGUUGUGCUCUUCGCUGAUAGAUGGCGGGUUGACGCCGACUCCGGGAUUGCUCGCCCAAAUCCGGGAGUACUCAAGGGAGAUUACAGUUUUCUGCAUGUUGCGUUGCCGGCCCGGGAAUUUCGUUUACAUGCCCGAAGAGGUGGAAAUAAUGAAACGGGAUGCGAAAAUCCUGCAGAAGUACGGCGCUGAUGGGUUUGUUUUCGGGGCUUUGAAUGGGAAUGGGGAAGUGGAGAUGAAGCAAUGCCGGGAGAUUAUCAUGGCGUGCUCGCCGCUUCCGGUGACUUUCCACCGGGCUUUUGAUGUGUGUAAAAAGCCGACGAUUGAGAUCGAGGUUAUUAUCGAUCUGGGGUUCAAACGGGUUUUGACCAGUGGGCAACAGAGUAAUGCGCAAUUGGGGGUUAAGUUGAUUAAGCUUUUGAUGGAGCAAGUGGGGGAUAGGAUUUGUAUAAUGCCGGGUGGGGGGAUCAAUAAGCAGAAUUUGGGGUUUAUUGUGGAGCACACGGGGGCGAAGGAGUACCACGGGUCGUUCAAGAAAGUCAAGGAGGGGGAGGAGAAGGAGAAAAGUGGGGCUGAUGUCGAGCAAGAGAGGGCGAUUUAUGUCACUGAUAGGGAUUAUGUGGCCGAAGUUGUGCAUAUUUUAAAUGUUGCUUGAAUUUUUUGUAUUUCUUUUAACUGUAUUAUUGUCUAAUAAAAAUUGUGAAAAAUGAUAUUUCUCUUCAGAAAAUAAAACAUUUUUGUCGACAA